AUGCCUGGAGACAGAGAUGACGAGAUUUGUCAAAAGGCACUUGAACUCCUGUCAGAUCUUUGUUCGAAGGGGGAAGUGCAGAACGAACACUGCCUGGAUUUUAUCUACUAUUUCCGAGACCUCGCCAGGCCACGCUAUACGGAUUCAGAUAUAUCGGUGAGUCUGUUGUCACUGGUGGUGACCGCCUGUGGCUUGGCCCUGUUUGGGGUCUCCCUGUUUGUCUCCUGGAAACUCUGCUGGAUACCAUGGAGGGAGCGUGGGCUCUCCCCCACCACCAAGGAGGCCCAUGGGCACCUCAACCCCACCAUGAACCCUCUGCCAUCCCAGCCUGCACCCAGGCAGCCAGUUUACACAGCAGUGGACCCCCCGACACACAACCGCCGUGAGUCGUCACACUGCUCCAUCACUAGAGAGCCCACACCUAUGGCAUCUGUGGUGUCAGUGGAGGCUCCAGUGACCCCCUUAUCACCACCACCUGUGGUCAUGGCCACACCAGAGGCAGCUAUGAAGAUCAGUCACACAUCUCCAGACAUCCCUCUGGACGCCCAGAGUAAAAGCCGGGAAAAUGGGGUUCACACCAACCCUCGUAUGCAGAGACAGACCACUGAACCACCGCCCUCCGGUCACUUGAUGUCUGAAAUUGGACAAGGGUCCAUUCGCCGACAUAUGAACCUGUCUAACCCAGACUUCAACGUGGCGCAGUUCCAGAGGCAGGACUCCCUCACUGGAAUGGGGCUGGGCCUGGGUCGCCUCAAACCUGAGCUCUACAAACAGCGCUCCCUUGAGGGAGAUGAAGGCAGUCGCAGAGGUGGAGGCUGUGGGCGCCUCCAUUUUAUCCUCAAAUUUGACUGUGAUCUGGAACAGUUAAUAGUUAAGAUCCACAAAGCGGAGGACCUCCCAGCCAAGGACUUCUCUGGUACCUCUGACCCUUAUGUGAAGAUCUACCUGCUCCCUGAUCGUAAGACCAAGCACCAGACCAAGGUGCACCGCAAGACCCUGAAUCCUGUGUUUGAUGAGGUCUUCCUGUUUCCCGUGGCAUACUCUGAGCUUCCCACGCGUAAGCUGCACUUCAGCGUCUAUGACUUCGACCGGUUUUCACGGCAUGACAUUAUUGGUCAGGUGGUCGUGGACAACUUCCUGGAUCUGGCAGAUUUCCCCAGGGAGACGAAACUCUGCCGGGAAAUCCAGUACGUCUCCUCGGAUAAUGUGGACCUUGGGGAUCUGAUGUUUUCACUCUGUUACUUGCCUACAGCGGGCAGAUUGACCAUUACCAUGAUAAAGGCUCGCAAUCUCAAGGCCAUGGAUAUCACUGGUGCAUCUGAUCCUUACGUGAAGGUUUCACUAAUGUGUGACGGUCGCAGACUGAAAAAGAGGAAGACAUCGACAAAGAGGAACACUCUGAAUCCGGUCUACAAUGAGGCCAUUGUCUUUGAUGUCCCUCCAGAAAAUAUAGAGCAGAUCAGCCUUUUGAUUGCAGUGAUGGACUAUGACCGUGUAGGCCAUAAUGAGGUCAUCGGAGUGUGCCGAGUUGGCAACGAUGCAGACAACCUCGGUCGAGGCCACUGGAGUGAAAUGCUCACAUAUCCCCGAAAACCUGUCGCCCACUGGCAUCCUCUCGUUGAGUACCAGGGAACCACAGGCAGUAGCCAGGGAGGAUCCUGUAAUUCUCUGAAGACACCUCCUUCUCCGUAGCCUUGAGCAACACUAAAGCAACACGCAUAAAAGCACCAAUCAACCUGAAGCCUUGGCUCUACCUUUGGACAGUGGUGCUGCUGAGUGCCGCACACACACGGUUCUAAAUGAAGGAGGCAGACACAGAAUAACUACUGUGGAAAAGAGAGACACAAACUGUCUUGAGCUCUGCUCAG